AUGGAGGAAUGGUGUCAACAACAAGGAAACCGUGACAAUGAGUUCUGGGUUGGUGGUAGAGUACUCUUGGCAACCGGAAAACUGUGGAUUCAUCCGCCGUAUGGGACGCUCAAAUGCAAUAUUCAUUCAUCUUGGAUAAAUGAAUCUUCUUUUAGUGGUGGAGCUUGGGUCUUGCGUAAUCAUGAAGGAGAUGUUAUGCUUCAUGCGAGAGAUGCUUUUCGGCCUUGUUAUAAUCUUUGGUUGGACUGUAAGGCAGCUUGGGAAGCUAUCACAAAUCCAGUUUCUUGGCCUAAAUAUCGUGCAUCGUUAUCUAAGAUCGGGCAAGUAAUACGGGUGAUGCGGAAGGUUUCUUUUCACCUUUCUUCACCGAAAGCUAAUUUAUUGGCUAGGGAGAUUGGUUGCAGCGUUACACGGGAUGGUCGACUAACUUCGCAUCUAGCGCUUGGUGGUCCGUCUUGGCUUCAUGACCGGAUUGAAAGGGACAAACGUCGUGGAGUUUAA